AUGAAAGUCGGCAGCGCGUUCCUGAGCGGCGGCGGCGGCGGCGCGGGUAGCGGCGGGCGGGCGGAGAUGGAGCCCAGCUUCCCGCCGGGCAUGGUGAUGUUCAACCACCGGCUGCCCCCGGUCGCCAGCUUCGCGCGGCCGGCGGGCGCGGCCGCCCCUCCCCCGCAGUGCGUGCUGGCCGCCGCCCCGGCCGCGGCCCCGGCCGCCGAGCCCCCCCCGGCGCCCGCCCCGGACGUGACUUUCAAGAAGGAGCCGGCGGCGCCCGGCGCGGCCUUCCCGGCGCAGAGGACCUCCUGGGGCUUCCUGCAGUCGCUGGUCAGCAUCAAGCAGGAGAAGCCGGCCGACCCCGACGAGCCGCCGGGCGCCCCCCACCCCCACUACGGGGGGCUGUUCGCGGGGGCCGACGAGCGGGCGCCUGGGCUGGGCGGCGGGGACGGGGGCGGCGCGGGCGUCAUCCAGGACCUGAGCGCCCUGCACCCGCCGCCGCCAGCCCCGCAGGCGCACCCGCACCCGCGCGACGUGCUGCUCGGCCGGACUGACGACCCCCGCGGCCCCGAGGAGCCCAAGCCGGACGCGAGCGUCAAGAAGGCCAAGAGGCCAAAGCCAGAAUCUCAGGGAAUCAAAGCCAAGAGGAAGCCGGGCGCCUCUUCCAAGCCGCCGCCGGCGGGGGACGGGGAGGGCGCCGUGCUGUCCCCGAGCCAGAAGCCCCACGUCUGCGACCACUGCAGCGCGGCAUUCCGCAGCUCCUACCACCUGCGCCGGCACGUUCUCAUCCACACGGGCGAGCGGCCCUUCCAGUGCGGCCAGUGCAGCAUGGGCUUCAUCCAGAAGUACCUGCUGCAGCGGCACGAGAAGAUCCACAGCCGCGAGAAGCCCUUCGGCUGCGACCAGUGCAGCAUGAAGUUCAUCCAGAAGUACCACAUGGAGAGGCACAAGCGCACGCACAGCGGAGAAAAGCCAUACAGAUGCGACACUUGCCAGCAGUACUUCUCCAGGACUGACCGGCUGCUGAAGCACAGGCGCACGUGCGGGGAGGCCCUGGGCAAGGGGGCGCCCGGCGCGGAGCCUGGGUCCUCCGGCAGCCACGGCAGCGUGGGUAGCCUGGCUGUGUUGUCUCAGGGAAAUACCAGUUCUUCGAGGAGAAAAGCGAAGUCCAAGAGCCUCGCCGUUGAGAGCAAGGAGCCCAAGACGGGGAAAGCGAAUGAACCCCACCUGUCCAACAGUAUCAACAUGCAGAGUUACUCCGUAGAGAUGCCUACUGUGUCUUCCAGUGGAGGCAUCGUUGGCCCUGGCAUAGACGAACUCCAGAAGAGAGUGCCAAAACUGAUUUUCAAGAAAGGAAGCAGGAAGAGUACCGAUAAAAACUACCUGAAUUUUGUGUCACCGUUACCGGACCUGGUUGGGCAGAAGUCCUUGUCCGGGAAACCCAGCGGCUCCCUUGGCAUGGUGUCAAACAGUAGUGUGGAGACCAUCAGUCUCCUCCAGAGUACAGGUGGCAAACAAGGUCAGAUAAGCAGUAAUUACGACGACGCCAUGCAGUUCUCAAAGAAAAGAAGAUACCUGCCCACCGCCAGCAGCAACAGUGCCUUCUCCGUGAACGUGGGGCACAUGGUGUCCCAGCAGUCCGUCAUCCAGGCCGCGGGCGUCGGCGUUCUGGACGGUGAGGCCCCGCUGUCGCUUGUUGACUCCUCCGCCCUGAGCGCGGAGAUCAAGUCUUGUCAUGACAAGUCAGGGAUUCCUGACGAGGUCUUACAGAGUAUUUUGGAUCAGUACUCCAACAAGUCAGAGAGCCAGAAGGAGGACCCCUUCAGCAUAGCGGAACCACGAGUGGAUCUGCACGCCUCAGGAGAACACUCGGAAUUGGUUCAAGAGGAAAAUUUGAGCCCCGGCACCCAAACUCCUUCAAAUGACAAGGCGACCAUGUUGCAAGAAUACUCCAAAUACCUCCAACAGGCUUUUGAAAAAUCCACGAAUGCAGGUUUUACUCUGGGACACGGUUUCCAGUUUGUCAGCCUGUCUUCACCUCUCCACAACCACACUUUAUUCCCAGAAAAACAGAUAUACACUACAUCUCCUUUGGAGUGUGGUUUCGGCCAGUCUGUUACCUCAGUGCUGCCAUCUUCAUUGCCAAAGCCUCCGUUUGGGAUGUUGUUUGGGUCUCAGCCAGGUCUUUAUUUAUCCGCUUUGGAUGCCACACAUCAGCAGUUGACACCUUCCCAGGAGCUGGACGACCUGAUAGAUUCUCAGAAGAAUUUAGAGACGUCGUCAGCCUUCCAGUCCUCAUCUCAGAAACUGACUAGCCAGAAGGAACAACAGAAAAACUUAGAGUCCUCAACAAGCUUUCAGAUUCCAUCUCAGGAGUUAGCUAGCCAGAUAGAUCCUCAGAAAGACGUAGAGCCUAGAACAACAUACCAGAUUGAGAACUUCGCACAAGCGUUUGGUUCUCAGUUCAAGUCGGGCAGCAGGGUGCCAAUGACCUUUAUCACUAACUCUAAUGGAGAAGUGGACCAUAGAGCAAGGACUUCAGUGUCAGAUUUCUCAGGGUAUACAAACAUGAUGUCUGAUGUUAGUGAGCCAUGUAGUACCAGAGUAAAGACCCCCACCAGCCAGAGUUACAGGUAA